CCUGUUCAUGAUAAGUCAACUCUCAAACACAUUCUCCAACAAAAUGCGCCUUCGACCUCUACUUCCCAGCCUCGCUUUCGCGGCAGGCUUGAUCAUCGCCCAGCUUGUGCCAGAUUUGAGUGAGCUAGAUGACUGCAUCGUAAACUGCAUCAAAACAAAAACGCCCAUAGACGACACUGCAGAAGACAAACAAUUCGGCCUUUUCUGCAACAAAGCCGCGAGGAGAUGGCAGCCCUGGUACAACGCAGUGCCCGAAUGUAUCAGAGAGGACUGCCAUAGCCGCCCCGGAUAUAUGAACAACGAGAACCGCUACAAGAAAUGGAUUCACGACUUUUGUGUUGAUGGAUCGCCCCCAACAACUGCAUUCGCACCAAUCACCACCGUGGUCAAUGUCCCCUGUCUUGAGUCAUCGGCAUGGCCUGCAACAGGAUACUGGGAGGGUUGUCAAACAUCUACGACUAUCACGCCGAAAAGAACGCAGACUGGUGGGAGUAAGAUGCCUAGACCUACUGGCCCUACGAAGACCACCACCAAAGGCCCCAUAGAGACUUUGCCGAGAGUCAUACCCAACAGUGAUCCUUGUAUGAUCAACGGAUGGAAGGUCUGCUAGAUGACAGAAAAAUUCCAAAAUUACUCUAGGUAGUGACAUGUAUCAUGUCGUUCGUGGCAAUCAGAAUGGGAUUCUCUUCUCUCUCCGA